AUGAUAGGUGAAGAAGAACGCGUCCAUCAAUGUAGAGAAUGCGGCUUGACACUCUCAACCAGGAGUGCUCUAACAGCCCAUACUCGCUCGCAUCGUACCGCUGCGGACGCUCAUCGCUGUGAUGUUUGUCAUAAAACUUUCGCAGUGCCCGCUCGUCUGGUGCGCCAUUAUCGUACUCAUACCGGUGAAAGACCGUUCGAGUGCGAGUACUGCCACAAAAUGUUCAGUGUAAAGGAAAAUCUUCAGGUUCAUCGGCGAAUUCAUACUAAAGAAAGACCGUACAGAUGCAGCGUUUGCGGAGCGGCCUUCGAACAUUCUGGGAAGCUACACCGCCACGCUCGUAUACAUACUGGAGAGAGACCCCACGCAUGUCCGCAUUGUCAUAAGACUUUUAUUCAGUCUGGGCAGUUGGUAAUACAUUUACGAACGCAUACUGGUGAAAAACCAUACAGAUGUCCUGCACCUGGUUGCGGUAAAGGAUUUACAUGUUCGAAGCAGCUCAAAGUACACUCGCGUACUCAUACAGGCGAGCGGCCGUACACUUGCGAGAUUUGCUUACGGGAUUUCGGCUACAAUCAUGUCCUGAAACUUCAUCGUUUCCAACAUUUCGGCGAACGAUGCUACAGGUGUACAGUUUGUGAUGGCACCUUUAAUACCAAAAAGCAGAUGGAAGCUCAUAUUUACAAAGAACACGGCGCUGAUUCAGUGCAAGGUCCUGCACCCCAAAUUACUCAACCUGUACUGAAUGGGAAAAUGAUGUGCGAUAUUGUUGAAGCAGCACUUCAACAAUUACCGCCCACGCCUCCUGGCUCACCUCCUUCCCCUCCAGCCACGAUAGGAGCGUCCACUUUACACACUUCCGUCCCAUUAUUGCCCUUGGCGCCUACCCCAUCGCCUUCCCCACCUGCCCCCGUCGAUUAUCAGCAGUUUACUCUAGCCCCAUCUUCUCUUCCACCUCGAAAACGUAAAUUUAUUCCUCACGUUGAAGAAACGACAUCUGCCCAGGUUCGGCACACAUCUGUAAUCCAAUUUGCGCCCGCUGCAGUGGAAACUUCAUAG